AGGAGCGACCACCGAACCGAACUGUUCAUUCAGUGAUGACAGUGCUUUGAUCCAGUAUCGCUCACGUCCCAAUGCGAUCGGAAACGGAGUUGCGAGCGCUUGGGUGGCCGGCCCCUUUGGGGACUGCACGCGUGCUUGUCCUGAGCAAAAGCGUUUCAGUGGUCCGGAUCCUGCGUACCAGAAGAGAGCGGUGCGGUGCAUGUCCUUGGAUGACCAGCCGCUGUCCGAGGGGCACUGUGCACAGUUGGUCAAGCCGAAGAGGUUCAGGAUGUGCCAUUGUGGAGUUCUAUUCUGCAAGCCUGAUUGCAUACCUGACCCUGAUUUGGACAACGAUCCGGAACCAGGUAAAAAACUCAGCACAAAUCUGGUCUUGAGGCUGAAACAAAACUGGGGGAUUCAAAACCCAGAAGACUUCAGCAUAAACAGACAGUUUCUACAGACCUUGCAAUAUUCAAGUUCUUGAUGAGUCCCGCAGCUUGCGCUGCAUUUGCAUCUGAGAUAGCAACACAGAAAUUGGAGAAGAGCGCGACAGCAGCUUCGAGUGCGUUGGCUGCUUCGCGCUAG